AUGGAGUACAAGGGUAAGCAAUGGCAUGAUAAAUGCUUCUGCUGUGCGCUAUGCAAGACUCCGAUUGGUACCAAAAGCUUUAUACCGAAGAAUGAUGAGGUAAUAAGCACCGGUGGUGUGACGUACAAAAAUGAGCCAUGGCAUCGAGAAUGCUUCUGUUGUACAAAUUGUAAUACGUCAUUAGCGGGCCAAAGAUUCACAUCGAAAGAUGAGAAGCCCUAUUGCGCCAAUUGCUACGGUGAAUUAUUUGCGAAACGGUGCAAUGCUUGCGUUAAACCGAUCACAGGUUCUUUUUCUUAAUC